AUCAUAUUUUUCUUCUUUUUUUAGGAGAACUGAGAUAAUAUCAUAUUAAUUUUAUGCUAUGUACAAGGCGCUUUAUUCACAUACCAAUGCUGACAAAAAUGUACUCUCCUUUAAACCUGGAGAUGAGUUUAAUUUGAUUGAACAAAUUGAUGAGCAUUGGUGGUCGAUGUUGAGCACAAAUGGCAUUACUGGUCUUGUGCCUGCUUCAUACUUGGAAAUAAAUAAGAUCAGUCAGAAGGAUGUACUCAAAUCAAUAGAUGAAUCAAUUAAACUUAUUCAUAACUCUCCUAAUACAGUUUGGAAUGAAACUGUGAGGAAAAAUAUACAAAAACUGAUGGUUAACCGCGAAGCUAUCUCAUCAGGAAAGAGUUUGUGGACUAAUCCAACUGCUGAAAUUCCACACCAACCUAAGAGACUUGCUCCACAAGUACCUGCAAACAGUAUUAAGAAAGGAAAGUCAACCAAAAGAUAUUCUGCACCUCUGCCACCUGGUUUUAAAGAUGCCGCACCAACUUCUGAUGCUUCAUCAGAGGCAAACGCUAAUGGUGCCAGUAGUAAGAUUUAUAAUAUACAAGUUAAUAAAGGAGACAUUAGUCCUCUUAAUAUGAAACAACCUUCGAAACGAAACAGUUCUGAGUCAUCAAAUGAAAGCCUAACCAGUCCCACAGGUACACAUCAGGUAUAUUUACCAUCUUCUGGUAAAAAGGAUCAAGUAAAUACUUCAAAGAGCACAACAACAAAAGAUGUUAAGCUAAAGGUAAUUGAGGGAAGUAACAUAACAAUCUCCAGAAUGGGUGAAUCAAGUUUCAAAACUAUCCGAUCAGAUGAAAAUGUAAAAUCAAAACAAGUUGAUAACCUGAUACAAAAAUCUCCAAGUACUAAAAAUACAGAAAGUUUUUCUUUUGUGCCACAUAACACCAUAUCGAGAGACUCCUUUGCGUCCAGUGACAUGAGUACAAUAACUUCAAAGUCUUUGUUGCAACAAGAUACAGGAUGCUAUGUACCCGAGGAUUUGGGGAAACAACUUAUUGAUGCUGUAAGAGGAAGGUGUAAGAUGAGUUUUAAUAAAUCAUUAGCGGCCAUACGUUGUGUUCUACAAACCAUUGGAAACGAAGUACCCUCAAUCUCUGAACCACUAAAGAAAAUUAUGAAGCAAAUUCAGGAUGAUAAGUUGAAUGUGUUUCAAGGUUCUUUGGCUGAGGAAGAUGCAAACCGGCUGUGCGAUGUGUUGAACCAAUUAACAGAACAUAAAGAGGACUCCCAGCAACGAAAUUGGGCCAUACAUGAAGAUUUCUUAGUGAUCAAGGAGUUGAUGGAGAAUUUGAUGAGCAUCAUGGACGAAAUUGAUCCAAGUAUAUGUCGUUCUGUUUUGGAAGAAGAUGAGUAUCGAUACAUCAAUGAUCUAAUAUUAUACUAUCAAAUGGAAUCUCGUUCUAAGCUUCGUAUAUCUCUUCUUCAUGCAUUUGGAUGUUUCUGUCAACUUGGUAAACAGUUUAUAUCACAGCUCCUUUGUUCCGUUCUACCCACUGAGCUUGCACAAGAUAUGCUACAAGAUCAAGCUGAUAUUUUCAAGUUUGUGAGUUCAUCCUUUCUACUAACCAUGUUAUUUUCUACUGGUGAACCUGUGCCAUAUCAUCAUUAUGUUCAGUUUAAUGAGGAUUUUAUUGAGUUCGUACUCAAUCAAAUUGAAGAUCCUCCUGAUGCUGACACAGAGGACGAAGUCGCAGACGGUUUGGUUGGAUUGUUGUUGUCAUAUAAUCUACAUUUUAAAACAACAAGAGUAAACACUGUCAUGCAAGUUAUGUCAAGACGAAACGUGUUCAGAACAUUGUCAGAAAAAGUGUUGUUACUGCUCAAUAGGGAAAAUGACCCAACUGCUUUAUUUGAGUUCAACGAUAGAUGUCCAGAUUCAGUCGUGAAAUUUCUGAUGGAUGUCUUUGCGGAUACAAAAACAUCUGGAAUGUUCUUCACUAACGACUUAUAUGUCCUCUUCGACAUCAUUUUGAGACAACUUACUGACAGACAAAAGAAAGAUAGGGUUCGGACCGAAUAUCUGUCCCUGUUUCACAGUAUAUUGAACACAACUCAUUACCAUGAACACAAGCAUCGUUCACAAGAAUUCAAGCGAUGCUUUUCAGAAAUAUUAAGCAACAGGGAAACAGAAAGUGAAGUGGACGUCUAUAUUGUUCGAGAAAUUAUGACACGCUUUGCACAGUCUUUUUCCUAAAAUUUUCUUCAAAUUUUAUGUUGUCUUUGGUAGCAAUUCUUUAUUUUGGGAACGUGUUAAUACCUUUUAUUUCUUUUUGUUGUGACUAUAUCUUUUGUAUUGUGUACACAUACACAUUGAAGCAGGUAAAGCUAAUUCUUUUAAAGUGACAAAAAUUUAAUAAUUAGUAUUGAAUAUAUUUUGCCUUCCUUUAAAGAUGGACUACCUUAAUCAAGGUAAAUUUAAUUGUAAGAAUAUAUUUUUUGGCUUUUCAGGUGAAAUUUUAAACAGUUUUGUCCAGCGAGAGAAAUUCAGAAUAUUCAUACUUUCUGUUACCCAUAUCGUUAGUACAGGAAGAUAGUAAGUGGAAAACAUAUUACAGUUUCAACCACCACGAUUUAAAAAAAAACUGGUUUAAGGUUUUUCAUCCAUUAGAAAACAAUUGCCCUGUUUAAAAUUUCAAUAUUUACUGGUAUGGUCAAGACUGUAACAGUGCCAUUCUAAAGUCAGGUUAGGUCUAAAUAAAAUAUUUUGUGCAUAAAUAUUAUAGUCAUUAAUUUAAUUAUAUUUUAUGGAUCUUAUAUAUAUAUAUAUAUAAGGCAUCGGCACGAUUAUAUAGUAUAUAUCAUUUAUAGUUUAUUAUUUAUAGCACAGUUUUUUAAAAACUUUUUGUAUACAUGUAUAUUUUAGAUAAGAAGAAUUGUUCGGAUUUA